AGCCGCACACAGACACACGUCUACCACCGGCGGCAGCAGCAGCAGGGAGCGGCCCAGUCACAGUGCUGCGCCCGGUGCCGCAGCUGACUCCCCUCCACAGCGUGUCCCGUUCCCCCUGCCGCAGCUGCAAGAGGGCGCAGACUCCUCCCCCUGAUGGGGACGGCUGGUCACAUGUCGGUGACAUCAUCAGGGCUCCUUUAGGAAGUGUAAAAAGCAGAAUCUAUGGGGAGAAUGGAGCAGGGUGGGGGGUGCUAGUUGUAGACUGACUGCACUCAUACACACACAUGCACAGUCACACACACAGCUCAAUGUAUGUAGCUGUACAAGCAGCAGGGGCCACUCAGUUAUUCCACACAGCAAUACUGCCCACUGUGCCAUGGAGGAGGUGGACCGGAUUCUCAUUCACACUCUGCGGACCUGUGGCACAGAGAUCCCAGAAGAGGUGCAGAGCGUGCGUCAGUUCACCACGGAACUUAUUGUAGAGGCAGUGGUGAGAUGUCUGCGUGUGAUAAACCCUUCCGUGGGCUCCAGCCUGAGCCAUGUCCUGCCCCCAGGGAUGUCGGCUCGCUUCCGUAUAGGCACCAGCCUGGCGCAGGCCUGUCAGGACCUGGGCUACACUGGAGAAGUUGGUUACCAGACAUUCCUGUACAGCAGCGAGCCAGAUAUCCGAGCGCUGCUCAUUUUCCUGGCUGAGAAACUCCCCAGACACUCCCACGAUGACGCCCACCAACCAGCAGGUAAAUCGGCGGUCCUACAGAGAGAGAUUGCAACCAAAAUAAAGCAGCAGCUCUCUCUUCCGUGGCUGCCGCCAUCCUGUCGGACGCUGGCCGCACAAAGAUCUCAAAGUGUUUGCUGGUUGCAUCGCUUCCAUGCGCAGCCCCUAUCUCUAGUUGGAGACUCUGCUGUGAAGUCCGUCCCUGUGGAAAGGAGAGAGUACUGGGAGCGAUACCUGCCUUUUGUUAGUGCACAGCUGCCUCACACCCACUACCUGGCUGCAUCUUUACUGGAGCGAAACGCGUCAGUCCUCAGUGCCGUGCAGGAGUGGGAAGCCGAGUGGAAAAGUCAGGGCCUGGCGUCUCGGUUGUCCCCUGAGGAGUACCGUAACCGGAAACGCCAGCGGCUGCAGAAACGCAUACAGGAUCAGCUCCGCCAGUGCAGCCAGCAGCUCGCAGAGAACCAUCUCCCGAUCCCAUCCACACAAGACCUGGUGGAAAUGCUGAAAGCUUUCACCAUAGAGGGAACAGCCGAUCAGAACAAAGGUUCCAGAUUCACUCACGCCCAAAAAUUCACACACCAGCAGGAUCCCCAAGUAUUAACAGAACAGAUGCAAAGAGCAGCUGAAAGUCUUCCCAAGAAAGAUGCACAGGAUGCGGAUGCAGAACACCAAGAACUGACCUCUUUGCAACAGAAAAUAGAGCAGGAGAUCCAAGGGCUGAUGGAGAGCACCAAACUUCUUCAUCUCACGCUUACUCAGGUGGAGGCAGAGACCAGUAAACUGCACCAGAACUGUGAGGAAAAGGAGAGCUCGGUCAGAGUGAAGAAGAGAGCGGUGGAACUAUUACCCGAUGCAGACAACAAUCUCGCCAAGUUACAGGCUAUGGUAGACAGCAGUACUCUCCGGAUGGUGAACCUUGUAGGUCAGUGGGAGUCGCAUCGCGUUCGGCUGGUGGAGGAGUACAGAGAGAUGAGGAGAGCCCACCAGGAGAAGGAGGAUGAGUCUUCACGCUGGAUGAAAGAUGUUAAAGAUUUAUAUGAGAAAAUCCGAGGAGCGGCUGACGAAGCCAAGCGCAAGGAGGAGCUAUACAAGCAGCUGGUGUCUGAGUAUGAGUCUCUCCCCAAGGAGGUCUCUCGUGCAGCCUACACCCAGCGCAUCCUAGAGAUUGUAAGCAAUAUUAAGAAGCAAAAGGAGGACAUCACUAAGAUUCUCUCGGACACUAAAGAACUGCAGAAGGAGAUAAACAGUCUGACUGGAAAAGUCGACCGAACUUUUGUGGUGACUGAUGAACUUGUAUUUAAGGACGCCAAGAAAGAUGAACUAGUCAGAAAGGCCUAUAAAUACCUGGCUGCCUUACAUGAGAACUGUAGUCAACUAAUUCAAACCAUAGAGGACACGGGGACCAUUCUGAGAGAAAUCCGUGACCUGGAGGAACAGAUAGAGACAGAGACGGCUAAGAAGACACUCAGUAAUCUGCAGAAGAUUUUGGAAGAUUACAAAGCCAUUAAACAGGAGAACGCUCUGCUGCUAGGUCGCGUGAGGGAGACUUAGGAAAGCUGGACACCUAAAUCUCCUCUCAUUGAGGCCUACGUUUGAAUUCAUUUCCGGUCCUCUGCAUAGACUGCACAUUUCUCAUACUACUAUAUUCACAGCUGUAACACAAGUGGACUUUGCUUUCCUUAUUAAACAAUCUUUGCACAGGUUGUGCUUCCAAUGCGGUUCAGAACACAACCUGCAGAGGGCACUGCAGAGCAAGUUAUCUGGCAUCCAGCUGAAAUGUGCAGUGCUGGAGGCAAAUUGUUUUCAUACCUAAGCAUAGCACAGUCACUGGGGUGAUCUAAUCUGUUCCCGUUAAUAGUUACAACACAAAUUGCUUUUACACACGGAAGAAAACAUAAUUUUGUAUCAUUCAUGUAUGUAAAUGAAAUCAUUUCUAUAAACGGAGAUUGAAGAUA